AUAAUCAAUCUAAAAUCAAUCAAGUUCAAAAAUAAAUUUGAGUAAAUGCUGUAAAAAAAAUUUCGACCCUUCGUCGCUUCCUGUCGAAACAAUGGGUAUGAAAGUUGAAAUUAAUAUAAUCAGCUCAAAAAUCAGUGUAAUUUAUUAAUUAAACUUACUUUGGAGACACAAUAUGAGCAGCUACUUAUGUUGUUUUGGCCGCAUUACCUACUUGAGAUGAUAAUGGCAUUCCGCAUAUUGUUGGGGGUGAAGCUCGCGCGGGAAGCUCUACGGCCAGUCAUCGAACGGCGGCGAGCGCAUGCGCGGCCACUGGCGUCCCUUGGGGUUGCUGGCUCAACAUGAAUAGCACAAUUCUUUCUGUUAUUAGAGUUAUCACCGAAUGAAAAGUUCAGGCACAAGUUGGAGGCAAUUCAGUUUUAAAUCAUUUAAGCCAGAAUCUCUCAGAUAUCUAAUUUCUUUCACUACUGUUUUAAACAGUUACGUUAAGUUUUUGCAAAAACUGACCUUGUAAAAUUAGGUUUUGUAUUUAUAUGAUGUUUUUGCUUUAAUUUGUCGUAUAGUAUUCUAAAUAUUUUCCUCACCUUUUCAAAUGUAAGCUAUGUAAGUAUGUACAAGCAAAGCACCUCACGUGAAUGCUAGUAAAUAAGCGGCGUUACGCUUGCAACUCGCGUCCAACAGAGUCCUGUCAUUUAGUGAGCGGCAGUGCGCGGCAUCGCGCGUUGCAGGCGCCAGCCGGAGCACGGCCACCUGCUCAUGUGACAACACGGAGCGGAGCUUGGCGGGCGCGUCUCGUGCUAGUGGCAGGAUGCGGUGGCGCGCUCGUUCCACCACCUCGCGCGCCAAGGAGCGCGCGAACAUAAGCUUCUUCAUCUUUAUCAUGUUCUUCGCGGUAUUCGGAGUGAUCGUGCUGACGGAACUGCUGCUACUGGAGCGCCCGCCCAUCGCAUCUUCCAGGUCCCGAUAUAGCGACGACGUGCAGGGAUGGGAAGCCAAGGGCGAUUCAGGCGCGGAAGGCACGGACCCGCCGCCACCGGCGCACGCUCCACUCGACGCCGUCUGGCAGCCAGUCGCCGGCACUCGGUUCAAAUUCUUCGUCUACUCCGCGUAUGUGGAGCGACGGACGGUGGGCGCGGUGCGGAUCAUAGCGGCGACCAAGACACGCGGAGCAGACACCGUGGUCUGUCGCUUGUGGCUGCUGGACAACCGCACGAUUACUGUCAAGGCUAGAGUUAAGCCUAUACGCGAAAAUUGGAACCUCAAGUACAGCGCGACGUACGUGCUAUGUAGCCUGAGGGACACUGGCGUGAAACCGCAGGAGACUGCUGGCGCAGCAGUGGCCGUGAUGUCUAGCGCGCACACGCAUAGCGCGCCCACCAACCUACUGCCUGUGCUCGACACCACGCCCAAGAGUGGCAUCGAGGAAAACCUACACGUCUGUGUUAAACCAUUCCAUUACUCCUACGCCAGAGACGACUGGCUGGUGGAGUGGUUUGAGCUGAACCGUCUACUAGGGGCGAGUCACUUCUACAUGUACAAUGCCUCACUGAGCGCCCCCGUAGCGUGCCUGUUAGAACAAUACCGGCGAGAGGGACUCGUCACGCUGUUACAGUGGAAACUGCCGCUAGUUUCUAAAGUAGAGAUAAGAACGGAGGGCCAAUUUGCAGCGUUUAACGACUGCCUGUACCGCUCCAUGUCCACGGCAGGCUGGCUUCUGGUGAUCGACGUGGACGAGGCGGUGCUGCCGCGCCGCGAGCGCACGCUGCCGGCACUACUCACUGCUCUGCGUGCCUCAUAUAAUACGCCCGCGAAGGCACCCUCGGCGUUCAUUUUUAGGAACGCCUUCUUUUACUUGCGGUGGGAGGACGACGCCGACGCGCCGACGCCGCUGCUGACGUCACGGAAAACUCGCCGCUGGGCUGCACCGCACGCACUCAAGCACCGCAGCAAGUACGCCGUGCGGCCCAGCGACGCUAUCGAACUCGGCAACCACUUCCUCUGGGAGAUGGCUCCGGGAGCCAGUGCUGUAGGGGUCGCCACUGACCGCGCGUUGCUACAUCACUAUCGGAUGGCAUGCGAAUUCGGAGGUAUGCAGUGUAUCAUGGUGCCAUCCACAAUCGAUCGCACUGCUCACCGGUGGGCAGAAGAGUUGAUGGCGCGAGUUACUACGGUGAAGCAAAAACUAGACAAGGUUUGCCCAGCGUAGGCUAUCUAUACGGUACAAAGCUGUCUAGGGAACUGGUGGACACCUGAUGUGCCGAAAGUAUACACAAUUUCUACAAGGGAAGAUUUCAGUAACUUCUGUAAUUUUUGUAUGGAGAUUGAAAAUUCCUAUUUCCAAAGUAUAAACUUCCAUGAUUUUUUUCCCGCAAUUUGCACAUCAGUAGUGGACUGUAAAAAAAGCGUGUAUGAUGGAGAUAACUUGCCAACCGGUUUACUUGCACUCUCGGAAUAAAUAUGGGAAUAACAUUUUCAAAUAAUAAAAGUAAAAAUUGUAUUGUGCCAAAAAAGUGUAAAAGGAAAAGUCGCAAUGGGCGAUAGUACCUUACGAAAUUUUAAAUUCAUUCAACACGCGGAGUUCAUCGUCCAUCGGUUCAAGGGCCACAAGGUCCGGGGUUGCUCAAGUAAAUAAUAAUUCCAUCAAUUCCAUAAGUACAGGAUUUUUUAACAGUGACGGGUAUCACAUUCAUAAUGAUGUACGGAAUUUUGAUGAUGUAGUUCAACGUUAGAAAUUAUCCGAAAUAUUGUCUUUAUGAUAAGAUGUUUUGAUAAGACAGUAUCGACAUUUUUAAAAGUUAUUUGUGUUUUAACCGCCUUCAAUCGAAUUUUGAGAGAGAUUUCUAAUUUUUUCCCAUUUUUUUUAACCUGAUUUCUCGAAGUUGGCGGGGCCGUUAUACUUAAUGAAAUGUGAAAUGCUUUAUGCAAGUAGGUAUCUACAUAAGGCAAAGUAUGCUAACAUGUUUAUGUUUAUAGUGAUGGAUUUUAACUAGUUUUGCCGGUACCCAAAUGGUUUUAUUAAAAACAUGCAUGAUAUUAUGAUAUUAACACUCAGACCUGAAACUACGAUCGGAGUCACAUAUUUUAUAACGCAUGAAGGUACAAAACUUCGAGUAUGCAGUAAAGAUAACUCCAUCAUGUUGUCUAAAGACACCAGACUAAGUACUUGUUAAAUCGAGUACGUUUCUGAAAACCCUUAUUAGUCGGUCUGGUGUACAUUCACAGAAAGUAGGCCGUUCAUUAUAAUAGUUCGUCUUAUAUAGAAACGAUUCUAGUCGUUCACAUGUAAAAUAUACUAACAAUUUGUAGGUAAACUGUUAAAAUGGUCGUAUAACCCAUUCUUGUAGUUGUUCUAAUGGACUUAAUAAAAUUAAGCCAUAAUAAGUAAGUACGUGUACAAAAUGCUUGAUCUAACUCUAAGUGAACUGAAAUUUGUAUUCGUUUAAAUUAAUGAUUACGAAAAUUGUAUUUACAUAAGGCCUCGUAGGUACAAUUAAUGCCCCAAAUAAUUUUUAUGACACUAUUACUAUAUAAAAAUAUAUUAAAGAGGACCAGCUUUUAGAUAAUUUGUUUUUAUUUUAUUUUCAGAAGUGUACCUUGUUUGUUUAAUAGCUACAUAACAUAAUAUAUUGUACGUGAAUGUAAUGUUGAUGAAUGUUUGCGUCAGCCUAAUAUUUCAUUAUUUGUAUUUGCUCAACAAUUAUUCUAAAGAAUUCCGAUGGCGUUUUAAGGAUAAUUUAAAGUCUGUAAUUACUGUUAAAUGUAUAAGCUAAACUUGUGUAAAGUUAUGUCCACACUAAUGUACAGCCAGCUAUAGGGAUGCUUGAUACCCUGCUUAAAGACUUUUAUGUUCAUGCAAUUUUACAGUUUGCUGUACCUUCAUUUCACGUCUUCAAGUCGUCUUGUUACAAGUGCAUACGACUGACAUGGCCGUGUAUGCAACUUUGGAACUUAUACGCUAUUUCGCUUAGGGCAUGCAUCAUGGGGAAAUAUUUCAUGGAAUAUCUGCCGUGUCGUAUAGAUAGUAGCACUCCAGUCAUGUACAGAUCGAAUAAGCUAUUAGUCAUUUCAUAGACUGUCUUAUUGCGCACCAAAUAACUACAAUGUGAUUUAAACGGAGAUCCUUUAAGUACCUACCUAUCUCCUAGAUUGUGCGUUCCUAUAACUACCUACAUCUAAUGAAUAAGUUGGUUCAUAGUAGCAUUGGUUUGUGUAAAAAAAAACUGCAAUUACAUUACACGUCUACCAUAGUUUAACAAUCAGCCUAAGAUUAAAGUUAAGAACAUCUUUAUUAUAAUUUUUUAUUAUGAGACGUAUUGUUAUUAUCAUUGACACUCUGUAUUUAAAGUAUUAAAUAAUAAAUGGAUGUUGUGAAGUAGAUUCAUUUACCUGAUCUCAAAUAAAUAAAUAAAUAUAUAAUUGUAUAUAAUAAUCAUACAGGUGUCUUUAGAAUUCAUUCGAAAAUGUUUCGUCUCUAUUAGGGUCAUUAAUCACCAGGCUUACCAUGAAUCUUGUAAAUAUUGUAUUAAGCCGUCAGAGUACAUAAGUGCACGUUUUAUAUACUGAAGCCUAUUAUUAUAGUAUCUACUAUUAAAUGAUGUUUAGCUAUUGCUCUUUGUUAGAUUAUUAACAUUAUAUCUGAUAUUAGGAUACCUAUGUAUAAAGUUUACCAUGCGACAAUAUCUAAUGACCUGUUAGAAUGAAAUCCGCUCAUUAUGUAUUUAAUUAAUAUAGUAGUAACAAUGCUACAGUCUACAUUUUCCCAAAGAUAGGACUUUAAAUCAUCAUUACACAGCUUAGUGAGACCUCGAUAAGCCUGCAGCUAUUUUAUAACCCAUGACCGAGGAAAUGUUAAUUUUAACGUCAAAUUUCUAUGGAAUUAUUACGUAUAAAUAAUACACACACCCUGUGCUAUCUUGGUCUAAGUUUAAAACGGUGGAAAUUACUGUUUGGCCUUAUUUAAAUCAAUAUCACAGUAAUUCAAAAUGAUGUUGGUGUAUAAAAUGACAAACUAAAUAUACCAUACUUUUAACGAUAUAUUAAAACGAUUUAAACGACUUAUUCCGGAUAUUAAAUUAGAAAUAUCUAUGUAGGUAUUUAAAUCCCGAUAUUACGUGGCAUUUUCAGCAUUUGUGGUCACGGGGUCUAGUCUAUACCGUUCGUAACUAUCCAUCUAACGUUUAUUAUACGCAUGUUAAUGUGUAUAAAUUAUUUUAUUUCAAAAAACCACCGAUGACAUUUAAUAUUUUUCAUUUAUGAGUAUGUGCAGCUUAUAGCUGAUACGUGCACAUCAAUGUCCUGCACUUGUGCGUAUUUUAGUUUCGAAUUUAUGACUUUGUUUCUUUAAAUCUAUUAAAAGAAAUAACAUUAAUAAGAAUUGAGGUGUUAUUUUGCAGGGAACGAAGUCCCUAUUAUGCAAUUGGGUAAGCAUCCACCAGAGCUGAGCUAGAUAGCGGAACGACGCACGAGGAAAAUCUACCACAAACAAUGCAUUGCAUACGCCAAGAAAAACGCACGCACCAAUGGGAACGCUUCCUUGCAUUGCUCCACGAUCUCGCACAGCUUUGGCGGAUGUUCACCUUUAAAAUAAAUGACAUCGGUAUCGACCGUAUGGUUUAGACUAUUUGCUCACUUAUUCAAUUGUCUACAUUCCUGUAGAUUUAAGAAGUGGGGCUGUACUAUUAAAACAUAUCAUAAAACUUUUACAUGUUAUAUUAUUCUUUGAUUAAAAUCUGCUUUCAAAGUUUCACAUUGAAGGCUUUCACAGUACUUACGAGUAUAUGGACUAAAUUAAGUAUGAUUUACUGUAGGUAUUUAAUAGGGAAUAUUACGCAAAGCUCUGCGUAGGAUUAGCCACUAGCACAAACCGUAAUCAAACCUGUUUGAUGCAUCAAAGUCAUAUUUAUGCGUACCUAACAAAUAAUAUGUAAAAACUUGACAAAAAACUAUUUACGGUAAUACGAGUAUACAGAGUGUUUUUUUUUUUGAUAAAAUCGCAAACUUAAACUAGACAUAGGUGCUAUAAUACGAUUAUAAAAGAUUUUUUAAAUUUAGCGUUAAAUUCCAGAGCAUAAUUCAUUUUUGAUAUGUUUUCGAGCAGCAAUGUAUUUCGUACAUCAUAGUCACUUGUGACGUCGCGUCAUUAAAUGUGACGUUUUGAGUUAAAACAAAGUAGUAAUACAUUGCUUGUUGAAUUAUUUUAUAUGGAAAAAUAAAAGCUGUCUGUUUUUUAUAAAACCUAUGAAAGUGUGUUCAUUAUAGCCGAAACUAACUAUUACCCUUUGGUUACGCAGUGGUAUCAAAAAUACCCGCUGUAUAAGUUCCUUCUAUGGUGUACAGUUUGUGCUAGUGCUGCACUCUGACGGCAGAACAUUGCAGUAAUACUCCCUGUUGCAUUUAAUUCAGUCGGUUUUUCAGAUACGUCCGGGUGGUUCUUAUUUUAGUUUUGAUUCGCACAAUCAGCAUCACCUAUCAUCCCCAAUAAGUUGCAACGAUCCGCCUGAGUUAAGUGCUGAUAUGCUCUAUCGCUAUUGAUAAAUAACACAUUGUCUAUAUUAUACUUAUUUAUCUAUCGAAAAUUAGUUGCGCUUUUUUGACUGCAUUACGAUGUGCCAUACUACUUUACUAUGUACAGCGAGCUGCAAAAUGGCAUGGACACAUCAUUAAUGGAAUUCAUUUAUAAAGUGGUCAUGCACUUUUGCAGCUGCGUGUACCACCAGCAUCAAUAGUAGCGGAUAGAACAUCGCGCCAAAACUAACUGCCAAGCUCAUGAGAGCUUAGAACUAUGAAGUUUUGGGUACAAAUAGAGACAUCUCUUUAUGAAGGUAAAUCUAUUAGAGAAUGGUCGCUAUUUUUGAUGCUGACUGUAACGUCUAAUCAGGGGGAUUACCGCGAAAACCGAAAUUCGCAAAUUGCGGGGAUCUUUCUCUUUUACUUUAAGACGUAAUUAGAGUAACAGAGAAAAAUGCCCGCAAUUGACGAACUUCGAUAUUCGCGGUUAUAGCCAAGGGGGCCUAGCCAAGAUGACAAUCGUACCUCGACAACCGCCUAACGUUAUGAAAAUUGUAUCGGGAUGACAGAUACUACGAAAGUCACGUGACUAUUUUCAUACAUUAUUUAUGUUUCGAUUGACGUUUUCUUUCAACAACUGUCAUCUUCGCUAGGCACCCCAGCUACGAGUAUAGGGAGCGUGCAUGAACUGUAGGAGGCAGCACAGGAGCCGUCAGAUUUUUGGCGCGAGGCGUAAUGUGAUGUUUAUUGUUCCGAUGUAGUCCACAACAUGGCAGAACCUACUACUUAUGUACAACAAAACACGUGACGUGUAAAUGUACAUGUUUAUGGUUCCGAUCCAGGCCACAAGAUGGCAGACCCUCCAACGCGCACGGUCCCUAUUACACAAAGCAUUAGUAGCGAAAGUAGAUAACAACGCAUACUCACAACCUUUUUGGGUUCGGAAAAUAAAUCGAAGGAAGUAGAUAAGUACAUACAUAAUGUUAGUCCAACUAUAGUCAUGAAAAUUUAAUAAGAACAUGAUUAAUUUAAUUUAACUUUAGAUUAUAUUAUAUUGUUGUUCUAAACCUCGAGAAGCUAAACAGCGUUUGAUAAGACACCAAACGAAGAUUUAGUGGCAAAAAUAUUCUGUGUCUAUAUUUUUAUCUGUGAUGUCUAUUUUAGAGAAGGGUUGUAUUGGAUUCAAGGAAUAACGGAUUUGUUAGCCGAAUAUUUAUAAAGGUCUUUUUUAAUAAAGAAAAAUAUUGACUAAAA